UUUUAUUAACAUCGUAUGACGACAAACGGCCGACCCCCAGCAGAUAAUUCAUCAAUCGCAGAAAAAAACGAGUGAAAAACAAGUGAAAUUUUGUUGAUUUCAAAUAAGAAGUCUCUCAAAAUAACACAUUUAAAUUAUAAAUACAUUUCAUCAUUCGUAUUCAUUAUUUUACUCGACAACAAGAUAAACCUUUUCAAUGUGUUAUUGAAGAAAAACACGCAUCACGAGAAUAAAAUAAGUAGAAAAAGGUUUAUCUGCAACUCACAAUAGAAACAACAAAGAUGAGUGGGGAAAAUAGUGAAAACUUUCGAAGUGCCGUCCUAAAUGAGCCCGUCAUAACAGCUGGUGGUGGUGUCCCGACUUCAGGGGGUGUAAUGCGCACUCCCUUUGGCAAUGUCAGGGCUCUGGGGCCACAAUUACCACCGUCGAUUCCACCACCUCCGAUGAGAGCUUCAUUUGCUGGUCCCGCAGGAGGAUAUUUACAACAGCAAAACUCUUUUGGUUUUAUGAGUAAUCCCUACAUGACAGCUGGAGGAGGUUACGGCGGUGGGUAUGGUGGGGGAUUUAACACAUUUGGCGGAGGUGCUUAUGGUGGUGCUGGUGGUGCUUUUGGGGGAUAUGGUGGCUCUUAUGGUAGAUACGGAAUGAAUCCAGCUGAUCCCGAACAAAGAUUCAUUCAAUUAGCCGAGAAUAGCGCACGUCCGACCUUCCAGAGCAUAGAGUCUCUGGUGUCGGCCAUUGGAAACAUUGCUCAAAUGUUGGACUCGACGUUCUUCGCUAUAACAAGCUCAUUCAGAGCUAUUCUAGGGGUCGCAGCUAACUUUGGUCGACUGAGGACAGUGUUUGGCCAGUUCUGGCAAACAUUCGCCAUAUUUAGAGGACUGAAUUGGAUCUAUAGAAAACUUCUCUAUUGGCUGAGAAUAUCAAAUCUUGACCCCUCGUCGUUGGCCUUCAAAGAGGCAUUUGCUGCUGCCUUGAAACAAACUUCAGCCAAUCCAGGGCCAGCCUUACCCAGAAAGGGAGCAUCGCCUUGGCCAGUAUUAGCAUUUAUAAGUUUUAUAUUUACGGCGCCAUAUCUGAUUAUGAAGCUGAUAGGGACCGUUACAGAGACAGCUCUCGAAGAAACUCGCAAUCCACAAAAGUGGGUGAAUCCCCUUGAAGCAACAGCCUCCUACGAUUUCCAAGCUAGAAAUCAAUCUGAAUUAUCAUUCCAAGCAGGACAACGCAUUCUAGUUGCACCCAAAGAAAUACAAAAUACCCAUCAACUGAUGAGCAGCGGUUGGGGUCUUGCAACUAUAGAUGGUCAAACAUCAGGUCUCGUUCCAAUUAACUACCUUAAAACACCAUCACAAGUUCGUCAAUCUACGACAAUACCAAUAGAAAACAGUAUUCCUGUGAUUGUUCCAGAUACAAAUCAACAUCCUCAAUUACCAAAUCUGGGAGUUAGUGAUUUUGGAAAAGCUCCUCAAUUGAUAAGCAUUGAGAAUCCGAACCCUAAUUCGACCGAUCAGGAAAUUAGUCCACUCAUGGACUAAAUAUUGUCAUUUUCUUUUUAUUCUAAUUUUAAUUUAAGUUGGUUUAAUGUUCAAAAUCAAAUGGUAUAAGACAAAGUCGUGUGUCGGAUUAUUAUUGUUCAUCCAUUCUAUGUCAUGUUUAAUUUUAACGAAUUUCUUAUUUUGUAAGAUUGGUAUUUACGUCUUUAUAUUAUUUAAAAAACAAACAAACACUAAGAAAACAAAAAAAAAUAAAGUAGCACAAUCAGGUGUUAAAGUAAAAACAAACAAA